UCCAAGACUGGAACUAAAUGGUGCAGUUUUGCUUCAUCCAUUGUGUUAGGUUGGCUCUCUAAACACCCAUCUACGUGGGAAACAUAUGUUGCAAAUCGUAUUGCAGAAAUUCAUCGUUUAACGCCAAACGCCAUAUGGAAACAUGUCCCAACGCAUGAUAAUCCAGCAGACUUGGGAACUCGAGGUUGUAAACCUCAAGACCUUGUUCACAAUUCACUUUGGUGGCAUGGACCAUCAUGGCUAACUAAACCAUCGUCUGAGUGGCCUAACAGAAAUCCUUUAAAAAACCCUGAAUGUCCAAAGAAAAUAGUAUCAAUGCAUUCAGAAACUCAACAAACACAUAUUCUUGAAAGAUUUUCGUCGUAUAGCAAAGCCUUACGUAUUAUGUGCUAUGUUUUUCGAUUUAUUAACAAAUGUAAAAAAGUCAAUUCCACUACUCAAUUAUCUUUAACUCAAGAUGAAAUGAAAUUUUCAAAAAAUAAACUAAUUAUACUCGCUCAAAAAACAUUCUAUUUCGAAGAAUACGAAUGUUGCUUAAAAUCUCAAGCAUUACCCAAUAAAAGUUCGCUAAAAUCCCUUAAUCCAUUUAUAGACUCGAACUCAAUUUUACGAGUAAAUGGAAGAUUAUCGCAAUCAUCACUUCCCUAUAGAGAAGGCUAUCCUAUAAUUUUACCCGGCAAUUCACAUUUUUGUAAACUUUAUCUCAAAUAUUUACACGAAUUCUUAUCCCAUGCCGAAUGUGGUCAAAUGUGCCGAAUGGUACAAACUGAAUUUUUAUGUAUUCAGACUCAAGCCUCGUGUAAAAAAAUAAUACGAUACUAUAAAACUUGUAUAAUUUACAAACAGCAACCCUGUUCUCAAAUAAUGGCUCCUCUACCCCCUACCAGAUGUAAUUUGUCGCUACCUUUUCAAAUAACUGGCAUUGACUUUGCUGGGCCUUUUAAGCUCAAAGCGUCAGCUUUACGAAAAUCUACUUUUGUCAAAGGGUACGUAAGCGUAUUCGUUUGCUUUAGUACGAAAACUGUUCACUUAGAAGUAUGCUCUGAUCGGUCUUCAGCGGCAUUUCAAGCUGCAUUUUCUCGUUUCGUUGGGAGGCGAGGACUACCCCAAAGGGUAGUAUCUGAUAACGGUAGAAACUUUCUAGGGGCUAGUAGAGAACUUUUACGAGAAUUUUCCUCUUUUAUAAAAAACGUAUCUCAAGAUAUAGCUCAAAAGUACUUGACACACGGCUUUGAGUGGAAAUUUAUUCCCCCACACGCUCCUCAUAUGGGCGGCUUAUGGGAAGCCGCCGUAAAAAGUUUCAAAUUUCAUUUAAAACGAAUUACUGGUGCUCAAAAAUUCACAUUUGAAGAAUUCUCAACAAUUAUAACUCGAAUUGAAGGCGUACUAAACUCUCGCCCAAUCUCAGCUUUAUCUGAAGACCCUUCAGAUCUAACUCCUCUAACCCCAGGACAUUUCCUAAGAGGAGCCCCGAUAAUGGCUCUCCCAGAACAAGAUUAUCAAAAUAUAACUUUUAUUAAUAGGUGGGAAAAAUUAAAAGCUAUGCAUCAUCAAUUCUCAAUACGCUGGAAAAAUGCCGAAGUAAGAAUAAGCAUUGCCGAAGUAAGAAUAAGCUCAGGAAUCAUUACUCGGCCCAUUGUCAAAUUAUGUUACCUGCCCUUUUUAAGCGAAAAUCAUGAUUGAAAUUUUAACUUAGAUUAAAAUUUUAAUCCCAUUUACAAAAUAUCAACAUUUCUUU